UUCACCAAACUAUGUUGGUCUACGCAGCCUUUGGGUUUGCCUGGAGAUAAUAUCGGAAAAUUCCAAACAAGUAUCUCCUAUUCAACAGAUCAGAGCCAGUCCUAUCUCGCAAGUGAUAUCGGGCAAUAUGACGAUCCUUGCCGAAGCAGAUCACCGCUGUCGACUUCGGGUUCUGCUUUCAACGUCAAAGAAGAAGCCCUCAAAGCCUGGCAUGAUUCUGGGGGAGUUGCUAUUCAACUUUCGAGCUCUGAUGGGGCAUGCUGAUUCCAACAACAAAUUCAAACUCGAAAUGUAUAUGCAAAACAAACUUCAAAGAGCGGUAUUCGGCAGCCAUACAAUCAGCAUCGAAAAAUGGCUCACUGGAAGUCUGUGCUUUACUAUUGUACCUGUGCCCCAUUUCAGGGCCAGUACAAGCGCACAGAUAAUCACAGGACAGUUCCCUGAACCACAUCCGUCCAAUCUGUCGCCCGGGAUCUUUCGCCUUCCAGCGCUCUUCGGGACUAAAAAAAGUGGGCCAAAAACCCGCUUUCCAAGGUUUCCACGAAGCUUGGAAUCUUGCUUGAAUCUUAGACUUACUUUCAAGGAGCCGGACGAAUUCGAGACCCCGACUCCGACUCGCCGCCCGGCCCCGGGUAGUGAUGUGCCGGCCCGGCUUGGCCUGAAAGCCGCAGCUUUGGCCUGGCCUAGGGCGGCUUUGGCUUUGCAAAACCUCAGGCGGAGCCGUGAGCCAAAGCUACGCCAAAGCGAAUCGAGAGGCCUGAACGCCAGAUAACCACCGCCUUCCGUGUCCUUAAGAGAGAAGUAUGUUUGGCCAUAGUACGGAUACCAAGCUAUGUUCCAAGAGUACGGUUUUCUUAUGCUGCUGCGCACCCCUACUUACAGUAUAUACUACAUGUAGUUUCCAAUUCAUCAUCCUCGCGAUCCUCGCCACGCGCAUGCACCUCCAUCUCUGGUAUGCAGACAGGCGCGCACACGGCUCUAGCGGCCUUGUGUUUAUUCCUCUAAGCGAUAUUUCAUCUGCGGGCAGUCCGACGUGAUGUUUGGCGUCGUUUACAUGUUCAUGGGGUGGUGUUUGAGCUGUACGAUGUUAUCCGAGGUUAGAUUUGGGAUCCACGCGCUUUAGAAAGAAUGAUACAAUGGUUGGUGUUUUGAUAGUACGCCAUGCAACUGACGAGGUCUUGUGCCACGAAGUUCCACCCAUUCGAGUCACA